AAGCCUUCAUCCUUUGUUCUUUCAUGUUAUCAAUCCCACUCCCUGAGUUUUAAUCGCCAUGCAUUCCACCCACCACCACGUAGCUGUCUCCCCAUAUAAAAGUUCAGCUUCUCGUCUAACAAUAUUUGCUCACGUCUUUGGGAUUUUGGCUUUCGCCCUCAUGCUCGUUUGGUUGCUGCAUCAUCGUGGAGGUAUCGAAUAUGAUUCUUACAAUGCUGUUCGUGUUUUCAAUGUUCACCCGUUUCUUAUGUUUUGCGGAUUCAUAUUUCUGUCUGGUGAAGCAAUGAUGGUGUACAAGACAGUACAAGCGACGCACAUGGUGCAGAAGGUAGUCCAUAUGAUACUUCAGCUUCUGGCAUUUGUGCUUGCAGUGGUGGGACUUUGUGCUGUUUUCAAGUACCACGAUAUGACCAACAUUGAAGACGUUUACAGUUUGCAUUCAUGGAUCGGUAUCGCCGCCGUUUCUUUGUUUGUGUUGCAGUGGUUAGCAGGGUUGAUUACAUUUAUGUUCCGUCAACCAGAGUUAACAAGACAAAGCCUGCUUCCAUGGCACAUAUGCGGUGGCCGGACAUUGCUAUACAUGUCGGUAGUGGCGGCUCUCACUGGGUUGUUGGAGAAAGCUACCUUCAUUGGACUGCGCAGUAACCGUGAAGCUCGUUUGGUCAAUUUCUUGGGACUGUCUAUCCUCUUGUUCGGCAUAUUUGUUGAUCUCAGUGUUGCUCUUGCCCGUUAUGUUUGAUCAAUUACUGUUUUAAUUAAUCAUCCCCUUUUUUCUUUCCUUCUUUUCAAUCGUGUGUGUGAUUUUUAUUUUUUUGUUUCUUUUUGGGUGAAUUUUACGUUGGAUUGAUGUUGUAAUUCAUGUUUAUAAUUCCAUUUUAAUUUAUCAACCCAAAAUGGUUGUUAAUUAUCUUAAUUUAAAAGUUUAUUUUUUAAAA